UAAAGUGUCUCAUAUUUUCAUAUAUGAUAUAUUGUGUUCAUAUGUAUAGUAAUCUCAACAAUAAGUUAUAAGUAGUAUAAGAUUAGAAAUAAUAUGUUUUCAUAAGUUAUUUGAAUGUAUUUUAAUAUUGAUAUGAAUUGAGGCGAAGUGUAUGAGACGGACAAUGGGUUAGUGUUUGUGAAGAAGAACUCAUCGGCCGAUGGAUUAGUCAUGUUUUUGGGGGAAUUGGAGUCUUUGAAAGCCAUCGAAGCGACCAAAACAGUGAGAGUUCCCAAACCGUAUUGCAUUGUUCCGGAGGUGAAGGCGCCAGGAGGUGCUAUAGUGAUGGAGUACAUCGAGAUGUCUGCCCUCAGACAACACUCCGGAAGACUGGGCGAACUGUUGGCUCGAAUGCAUUCGUGUAAUGCAAUUGCGGGCAAAGAGAAACGCAAGAAGGAGUCGUGGGUCGGCCAGAGUGAGGGCUUGGAGUGCAUCGAGAGAUAUGGGUUUCACGUGAGCACCUGUUGUGGUAUUAUCGCACAAAACAACGAAUGGGAAGACAAUUGGAUUGAGUUCUUCGCCAGAAAUAAACUGAAACAACAAAUAGAUUUGAUUGAGAAGAAUGAGGGAAAUAGGGAACUGAUUGAGAUGUGGUCUGAAUUGCAGAACAAAAUUGACAAAUACUUCACUGAUAUUAAGGACGAUAUCGUGCCGGCGCUCCUUCACGGAGACCUCUGGUCGGGCAAUGCGUCCCAAACGGCGGAGGAGCCGGUCAUCUAUGAUUCGGCCGCCUUUUACGGACACUCGGAGUUUGAUCUAUCCAUUGGUCACAUGUUUGGUGGCUUUAACCGUGCGUUUUAUGAGUGCUAUCACAACACAUUACCAAAGUCUUCGGGAUAUGAUAGGCGUAAUAAUUUGUAUCAAUUGUUUCAUCACUUGAAUCACUGGAACCAUUUCGGGGGUCAAUACAAACGACAAUCACUUCAACUGAUGCGUCGAUGUCUUCAAUCAAUUCAAUCAAAUUAAUUGUUUGAUUAAUUUUGUAUAAAACAAGACGACAUUCACGGGAUACGACAUGAAUGGAGAUUAUCUCUUCUUUCGGCUCAACUUUUGUGAUGAAAUCCCUCGAAGAAGUAACUCAUUUUCGAUCUCCAAAUCCCUUCGUUUCCAAGGCUUCCAUAUGUAGUGAAACGUAACGAUCCAGACGAGUGUUAUUCCUAUCC